CUUCUGCGCGUCUCCCGGGCAACCGUAACCGUACUCCGUCUCGUUCGGGGGGAAAAAUGGUCGACAUCACUUGUCAGGACGCCUUUUACGAGAAUUUGACCCUUGGAUUGGUCAAGUUGUUGACUCAGACCCCAGGGGUGCAGGAUGUCCGCCUGGACAAGAGGACACCUUGCGAGCGGCUGCUGUUGUCCUCCUGGGAGCAGCGCCACUGCUGUGCCCUGCCAGACGACCUGCGCCAGUUCUACCUCUCGUCGGACGGCUUCUCCCUCACAUGGAACUAUCAGAACGCAGGGCAGCUGAUCCCACUCGGCCACAUGCGGGUCAACGCCAUCACCGAGCUGAGGCGCCUGGCGGGCGUCAAGUCCCUCGUCGACGCUGACAGCCCCACUCUGCUGGACGUGGAGAUCUGCCGUCAGGCGGCCGCGUCGGGUGCGGGCCAAGCACCGGGACCAAGCUGCACUGAACGGCCCAACUUUGGGGUCAAGUGCAAGAUAUUCGAGCUGGACCCCUGCCAGGGAAUGGCCAAAGUGUGCCUUGUCUACCUGGACAAGGGGUUAGAGCCCCGGCGCCCCGAGCCGCGCAUCUGGCUGCUGGACCGCUGCUUCGAAUGGCACUUCCUGGCGAGCGACUUCACCACCUACUUCCGCAUGAUGCUCGUACACCAGGGCCUUCCCCUGUGGCAGUUCCGCGGCACCCCCAUGGGCCUCACUCCCUGGGCUGAGCAAAUGCUGACGCUGAUUGCGCCGCAUCUGCUGCUGAAUCAGCCGGACUCGUCCGCGCAUGCUCUCCACACCAUGGAGUGGGCCGACGCUCCGUACAGCCACUUGGAUCCCACAAUAUUCAAAACUAGAUCCAAAGUUAAAAAGAAAUGAGAAGCGGACAUCCAUCGAAGGAAAGUUCACACGGCGUUGUGUUUUGUUUCAUUUUUUCAUUGUUUAUUUUCAAAGCUUAUAACUUUUAAAUAUUGGUACAAACGACUGAAUUACAAUAAAUUCCAACAUAAUAACAGAUUUAUACAUACAUGAAAAAAUGCUGAUUUUAAAAAUAACCUAGAUGAU